AUGCCGGUCGAUGUGGUUCUUCGCCUUGCUUACAACAUGCUUUCAGAUUACCAGCUCAAUAAUGCAGGAGGAAAAGAGAAGAGCAAGAGUAAUAAUGCAGUUUGGAAUCGACCGCGGAAAGGUUGGUUUAAGAUCAACACUGACGCGGGUAGGAACCAUCAGAAUAAAUGGGGUCUUGGUUUCGUGAGUCGGGAUUGCGACGGAGAGGUGGUGAACGCAGGAAAUAAAGUGCUGAAAACCAAUGUGUCAAUCUUGGAAGCGGAAGCGGAAGCGUUACUAUGGGGCCUGAGUAUUGCUGAAGAUUGUUCACUCAUGAAGGUAGUAGUGGAGAAAGGUAGUAGUGGAGAGUGA